AUCACUGGACAACCCCUCUGCUCUCAUGCUUAGAUUGAGCCGAUCCUCCUACGAUGUCUGGAUCAAAUCCUUUCCGCCAUAAGAAGAAGCCUAACGACCAGACUGCCCCGCAACUCCACGAGCCGCACCAGCCAUCCCUAUCGUCAGCUCACAACACUCACUCUGACCAUCGCGCAACAACUUAUCCCGCAUCAGGGACACAUGGCGAAGGUCCUUCGCGACCAUCCCAGCGCCAGAAAACCGUCCGUAUCGCCUCUCCACCCGUCCCAACACAGCCGCCAUUACAUCCCAGUGCUGGCGAUCAUUCAUCGCCAGCCAGUUAUAGAUCCCCGUUUCCCCACCGCGGUACACACCUUGGGUCGCCACCCCCUCCUUCUAGAGGAGAGAGCUCCGAGUCAGACGAGGAAUCUGAAGGAGAUCCUUUCAAUCCGGAUGCUUCCGGAAGUGAUAAUGGGGAGUAUAAGGACAAUGGAGAUGGACGACGUGUUACAGAAGGGAAGCCUGGGGUAAUAGGGCUUGGGUUUGAAUGUGCCCAGCGUGGGUCGAAAGAGUCAUAUCGCGCAGAGCCGCCUGCGCAACCCGAUGGACAUGAUCCAGGCACAUCGCUGGGAAUUGAAGAUUCGAUGACGCCAUCACAUUUGGCUACUAAGGGGAAGAGGGCGACAAUGGAUGUUGAUACGUUUACGAGAAUGCUUCUGACUGGGGAAACAGGCGAGGUGGGAAAAGAGUCAGGUCCCGCAGCGCAGAAACUUUUACAGCCCAACCAGGGACCGCCCAUCAGCGACAGCAGCAGCAAUACAGACACCGGAUCUACAUCAAAGCAGCCUAUUUUCGAGACGCGGCAUCUCCCGCGGAUAGAUACUCCCCGGACAUCACAUGAAUUAUCGACUUCGGAGGCAGAUGAUGAGCGGCUGAAACUGUCGAAUUUGCCCAGCCCAGCGGAAAGGCAAAAGCCUCUGCCUCCGAAAACAAGGCGUGGGAAGUUGAUCAAUCCCAACACUGGACAGACAUCCCCUUUAGCUGGAUUAACCUCUAUUACUUCCCCAAACCAUCGCUCCGCCUCUCCUGCUUCUUUAUCAUCUCGAUCAUUCACCGAACAGGAAAGCGGUGAUCUCAAUAAGCCUCUCCCCAAGCCACCAAUUGAUAAUUCAUCGCUUCCAGUAAGCCCGAAACAGACUCAUGAAGAUUCAGAGAAUCGACCUCCUCUACCGCAACAGAGACGUCCACCUACACCCCCCCUGACCAGACGACACAGUCAGCUGAAUCCCAGCAAAUCCAUAUUAUCAAGAAGUAAAUCCGCUAGACAUUCCAUGCCGCCUACCCACACUACCAACAACUCUUCGUCAUCCACACAUAUCUCAUCACCAUUAAAAGCACCACCCACUCCUCCAUCCCGACGAAAAGAUCGGGAUUCGUCAACUUUCUCCUCUUCAGAAACACUUCCAUUAUUCCCCCAAGAACGACGACCGACAUCAUCACACCAACGAAGCGAUUCCAGGGGAGAUUCAGACAAACGGAGUCCCCACAUCGCGGAGACAAUAUCAACAACAUCUAACAAUCGUGACUCGCAAGGCCCACCACGCCCGCCUCCACCCAGACGAGGAGGAGGGAGUAGAGCAAGUCUCGAUGAGACAAGGACACCUGUUUUGCUGGGAACCGCAGAUUCACCAACGACGAGAAUGGAAAAAGGCACACAAGAUUCGAAACUAGAGUCUCCGGGUACGCCAUUGCAGUCACAUGCCGUUGAUAUUCUCGCGGACUUGUCACGGCUGCAGAAGGAAGUGGAUGAUUUACGAGGUCGAUAUGAGGGGCGGAAGCCUAGUGCGUGACCGCCGUUUUGGGACAGAUGGAAGAAAAGGGAGAAAAAAUAGAAGAAAGCCUGGUGUCUGCAGGGCUGCCACUGGCUCUCUCUCUAUAUUGUUCUUAGUUGUUGAGUACUCGAUUUAAUCCGCAUUUUUAUUAUGUUUUAUGAUUGGAAAAACUUAAUUGAAUGAUCGAAACGUAUAGCUUCCUGUCG